AUGAAAGUUUAUUGGAUAAUGUAUCAAAUUCGAACAUUCAUUCGACAAAUUUCGAAUUUUAUACGAGAAGCUUUUUUAUCAUUAAGAUGGUAUUUGCUUAUAAAGUUGGAUUUACAAACGAUUCCAUCAAUGAUAAAUGAUACGAAUGAUGAUAUCACAGAUGAUACAUUAUUCAUUUACAAAGCAUUUCUGGAUUUACGACGAAAAGAACCAUUAAUUCGAAUUCUAGCAUUUAGUCAAUGUCGUGAUAUUAAUAUAAUUCUUCAUUACAAUUUACAAUGUAUAUCAGCAAAAGAUAUUACAAUAGAAUAUGAUUGCCCAUGGAAAUGGGUACCAGAAUGUAAAUGGUUCUCUUUUAUGCUCAUUUUUAAUAUUGGAAAUAUCAAUUUCUCGAUUAAUACUAAAGAAAUAACGGUGAGUGAAAAAAAUCGAAUGAUUGUUAUCCCGUUGAAAUUGCUUCCGCGGAAAUACAAAGAUAUUUUACAUGUAUGUGUACCACCUCUUUAUUGGUACUGGAAUUAUGUUGCAUUUAUACAAUUCAUUGAGAUUUGGAAGAAGCAAGGUGCUACAAUGUUUUAUAUUUAUUAUGUAUCGGUUAAUAGACAUAUGAUGGAUGUUUUGAAAAUUUACGAAAAAAUGGGAAUUAUUCAAUUAAUUCGUUGGCAUAUGUUACCACAAUCAAAAUUGAUCGAUCCAAAUCGAUGGAUUUAUCGUUUUGGUCAUACACUCAGUAUGAAUGAUUGUUUAUACAGUUCAUUUGCAAAAUAUGUUGCACUUGUUGAUACAGAUGAAUUUAUUAUUCCAAAUUCCGGAACAUUAUUGCCAUUUUUACGUAAAAUGCAUCUGAAUGAUACGGCUGGAAGUUUUGUAUUCGAGCAUGCUCGAGUCCGAUUUCAGGGUUGGAUUCUUUUAAAACUACAAUUAAAACUUGAUUUUGCUUGGCUAAAAAAUGCUGAAUUUCAAAUUCAAGAAGGACCAUCAAAAACAGUUUUUAUGCCUGAACGUGUUCAAAUUGUACUCACCCAUAAAGUACGCGAAUUUUUUAAACCAUAUAAAUCAUUGAAGAUAAAUACCACUGAUGGCUUAUUAUAUCAUGCACGUUCCAAUUGGAUUUUUACAAGUCUUAAUAAUUCCAUUUAUCAUUCAACAGAUAUCUUUAGCAAAUAUAUUACUCUUCUAAAUGACAAGUAUCAGGACAUCAUGUCACAAGUACCAUGGCAAGAUUGGAAUCUUAUUCCGCUAUGGAAAAUUCUUUCUAAAAAAAUUGAAAAAUGUACGUCUAA